AAAUAAUGGAUGAUCACUUGUUUCUUUCUCGCCAAUUCUCAAUUCUCUCUCUGCAUAUUACUUAAAUCAGGUUAAAGAAAGUCAUUUGGUGGAACAAAUUGAUGGACUGCCUUGUGGGUUUUGCAUCUUCUGUUUCAAGAGAUAUAGUGUGUGGCGCAUUAAAAGAAUUGCGUUAUCUUCGCUCUUUUAACAAUUUUGUCGAAAAGCUUAAGCAAGAAGAGGAUGAUUUGAAUGUAAGAAUAGAUGAUGUCCAUAAAUCUGUUGAAGAUGCCAAGAGAAAAACUAGAGAGACUAGUGGAGAUGUUGACAAGUGGCUGCAAGAUGCUAUCAGUAACAUAGGUGAAGUGAAUAAGUUGUUGGAAGAGGCAAGAACAAAAAAAAAUUGGUGCUUUGGGCACUGUCCAAAUUGGAUUGGGCGAUACCAUGUUGGAAAAAAGUUAGCAAAUAAAACUAUGGACCUCGAAAAGUUCAUUGAAGAGGGUAGAAAACAUGUGUCAUUUGACCGCAUCGCUACGCUUCCUUCAAACACCCUUGAUAUGCUGUCAGAAAAAUGCAUUAAUUUUGAGAGUAGACAAUCUGCUUACGAGCAACUACUGGAUGCAGUGAAAAAUAAUGAUGUUUCCAUGAUUGGGUUGUAUGGGAUGGGGGGUUGUGGUAAAACCACAUUAGCAAUGGAGAUUAGGAAAUUCGUAGAAGCAGAACAUCUUUUUGAAAAAGUUCUUUUUGUACCUGUUUCUAGUUCAGUGGAAGUUCUAAGGAUUCAAGAAAAAAUAAGAAGUUCACUGCAACAUGAAAUUCCAGAAACCGAAGAAAUGCAGAGAGCCCAAAGAUUGUGCUCGAUUUUAACCAAAGAAAAGAGUGCUCUUUUAAUUCUAGAUGAUGUGUGGGAGAAGCUUGACUUUGUUCGUAUUGGGAUUCCUUCUUCUGAACACCGUAAAGGCUGCAAGAUUCUAAUUACCACUAGAUCAGAAGAAGUUUGUACUUUAAUGGAUUGUCAAAGAAAGAUUUACUUGCCACAUUUAACCGAUGAAGAAGCAUGGACUCUUUUCCAAAAUAAAGCACUUAUAACAGAAGGCACCCCUCAUACCUUAAAGGAUCUGGGAAGAUCAAUUUCCGAUGAAUGUAAAGGAUUGCCGGUUGCCAUUGCAGCUGUUGCUUGUAGUUUGAAGGGAAAAACUGAGACUGUAUGGAGGGUUGCAUUGAAUAAAUUGAAACAUUCUAACCGAAUAAAUAUUGGAAGAGGUUUGACUGAUCCCUACGAGUGUCUACAGCUGAGCUAUGUUAAUUUGGAUGAUAAAGAAGCUAAAUCACUUUUCCUGUUGUGCUCUGUGUUUCCUGAAGAUUUUGAAAUUCCAAUUGAAGUUUUAACAAGAUGUGCAAUAGGAUUAGGUGUAGUUGGAGAAGCUCACUCAUAUGAGGAGGCAAGGAGUGAAGUGAUUGCAGCUAAAAUUAAGCUUGUUAGUUGUUGUUUAUUGUUGGAUGCAGAUGAUGGAUGUGUCAAAAUGCAUGACAUAGUUCGUGAUGUGGCCCACAUAAUAGCAAAAAAUGAGAAUAAGACGAUCAAGUGUGAAGAGGAAAAAGAUGUUACAGUGGAACAAAAUUCAAUAAGAUAUCUAUGGUGUGUGAAAUUUCCAAGGGAUUUGGAUUGCUCAAAUCUUGAGUUUUUAUUCUUACGAACAAAGAUGAAAGAAUUUGAUGGGAUUUUCAAAACAAUGGGAAUGCUCAAAGUUUUGAUUCUUGUCAACGAUGGGGAUGGAAAAACACCAUUGCCAACGAUAUCUUUCAAAACAUUAACAAAUCUUCGAUGUCUAUACAUUUUAAAUUGUGAAUUGAGCGACUUCUCAUUUUUAAGCGGCAUGAAGAAUCUUCAAAGUUUAGAGUUAUAUUAUUGUUUACUACCUUCGUUUCCUGAAUUACAAAUCGAUGUUGCAAUUCCACUAACAACCUUAAAAUUGUUAGUGUUGAAUGAAUGUGACAUUAAAGUGAAGAAUUUUGAAGUGAUGAAGAGAAUCCCGCUUUUGGAAGAGUUGUACAUUAUUGAUAUUCAAGGACAAUGGUAUGCUAAUAGUGAAGACACUAUUCAAUUCUUUAAGACAUUUAGCAUUCCCGAAACACUGCAAAGGUAUGGAAUUGUAUUAGGAUCCUGUUCUUUUGAUGGUGGUGAUUUUAAAAAGUUGUCCUGUCAUCAUAGAACUUUAUUACUUAACUAUUUUGACGUAUCAAAUGAGGUAAUGAAGGGCUUGGCAAAAAAUGCAAAGGAUCUAUUUGUAGGAAAUAUUCAUGGAGGUGCAAAAAAUAUGAUCCCUGAUAUAUUUCAAAUUGAAGGAGGAGGUUUGAAUGAGUUGAAUACGUUGGAGAUACAUGAUUCUGUAGAGAUAAAGUGUUUGAUUGACACUCGUAGUCACUCGAGUGAGGUGGUAACUCUUUUGUCCAACUUGCAUACGUUGAAAAUCAGCUGCAUGGAAAAUCUAAAAGCUAUAUGGAAUUGUUUUUUACCUAUCAAUGGGCCAUUUAAGAACUUAGAGAAGUUGGAUUUGAGUGUUUGUCCACAGAUGACUUCUCUCUUCACGUAUGUUGUUGCUCGAAGUUUGGUAAAAUUGAAAAUAUUAAAAAUAUCAAGAUGUGAUGAACUGAAGCAUAUAUUAACAUAUGAUGAGAAAAGUCAAGAUGAAUUCACUAGUGGGCAUCCUCUGCAAAUCUUCCAAAAUCUUGAGGAAGUAGAGGUAUAUAGCUGUCCAGAAUUAAAACAUAUGUUCCCAGCCAACAUUGUUGGAGGCUUAACUCACUUGAAAGUGCUCAAGAUAGAAGGAUGCGACAUGCUAGAUCAAAUAAUUGGAGAUAUUGUUUCAUUAAUAGAGCAUGAUAGAAAAGAAGAACUUGAUGAAAUCGUUGAGGAAGGAAAGCAUCCACAUUUAUAUAACACUUCAAUUCCAACAACAAUAGUUGUGAAGCAAAGCCCAGGAACUUUAUCCAACCUUGCAAGCCUUAAGAUAACAAGUUGCGGGAAGUUAGGCUCAAUUUUUACAGCAUCUAUAGCUAAGACCUUGACUUCUUUGGAAGAAUUGUACAUAGGUGGGUGCAAAAGUUUGAAAGAUAUAGUAACUCAUGAAAGGGUCAACAAAAAUCAGGAGGAAAGCAUUGUUGAGAAUGAGCAUGAUUGUCAGAGUGAUAUUUCAAUCUUCCAAAGUUUGAAGAAGAUACAUAUCAGUGAUUGUGACUUAUUGGAGGGUAUAUUCCCUGUUUCUUUUGUUGGAGAAUUGAAUGAUAUAACAAAUAAAGAGGGUUUUGAUUUCAAAAACUUCUCUAGUCGAAAUAAUACUCAAAUUGAGCUUCCUACUUUAGAAGUACUUGAACUUGAUCAUAUUCGGAACAGAACCAUUGUUGGUAGUUAUGAUGUGAUAUGUCCAUCUUUAAGAACACUAUCAUUGGAUAUUGGGAGAUAUGUUGGGUUUUUCAACAUAAAUUGUUCAACAGAUGCUUCAGAACCUACAAAAACGGAUUUUAUUGCAAUCAAGAUAUCGAACUCAGAUUUUGAUCCGCCGGUUGAAAGUGUUGAAUGUCUUUCAAAAGAACCGCAUGGUUUGAACUUGAUUAUGAUACACAAUAUUUGAGAGAUUAGAC